GUCAACGACAGCGGGAACGAGGCGCAACCACAACAGAAGACCGCAACACCUCGAAUACUUAUACGCUUGCUCGAAGCCGCAUAAACAUCCCCUACCUCGAUUGACCAUCCUCAAUACCAUCAUUCGAUCUAUCGUAAACUCGCCAAACACCCGAGGCCUUCACCUACAACCGCACAUCAUGUCGUACUUCCGGAUAACACUCAUGCGCUCGGGCAUCGGUAUGCCCCAGAAGACACAGGGCGUCCUCAAAGCCCUCGGUCUCAAGAAGCGCAUGACUACCGUCUACCACCCUGUCACACAAUCCGUCGCCGGUCAGAUCAUGCGGAUAAAGGAGCUUGUCGAUGUCAAGGAGGUCAAGCGCGCGUUGACACCCGCUGAGCAGAAGGCUGCGAGGCGGCCGGCGCCGGGGUAUUAUGUUGAGAGCAGGGCCGCGCAGGCUAUGAAGGAUUGGGAAUAAAUGGAUAGACGCCGAUUGCUGUGCUGGAAAUAGUGAAGGUCCGUGGAUCAUAAGGACAUACUGUAUGCAUAUAUGGCGUUAUGGGGAUUUGUACAGAAUGUACCAACAGUAGGGCGAAUGGAAGUGCC